AUUUACAUAAAUACCUCUAGACGUUCUUUCCUCGUCUCCCCACCAAUUUCCCCAGUCGACGAUGAGCUUUUUAGUCUUGCUCUUGUGUUUCGCCACCGUUCUGGCUGGGAGACUAGUCUCCCUAGAACCAUUAGUAUCACCUCGUCAAGAUAUCGCGUCAGAAUGUUCGGCGUCUAGUGGUUCGCUUUCAUGCCAUAAUACAUCCUCUGUAACAAACUUGUGCUGCUUUGAAUCGCCUGGGGGCCUUCUUUUGCAAACGCAGUUUUGGGACACUGAUCCUUCGACUGGACCCGAUGAUAGUUGGACGAUUCACGGGCUCUGGCCUGACAAUUGCGACGGUACCUUCGAACAAAGCUGCGACCCUUCUCGGGCCUACACAAAUAUUGCCUCGCUUCUCACUGGUCAAGGCGCUAGCGACACAUUAGCCUUCAUGCAACAGUUUUGGAUAGACAUCAAUGGUCUCAACGAGCAAUUCUGGGAGCACGAGUGGGCCAAACACGGGACGUGUAUGAGCACGCUGAUUCCUCAUUGUCUUCCCAGUGGAAGUCCUUCAGGUGCCGAGGCCGUGGCAUAUUUCCAGACUGUCGUUAAGCUGUUCAAGAGCCUUCCCACGUACAAGUGGCUGGCUGACCAAGGCAUCACCCCAUCGUCUACCGCGACGUUUAGUCUCUCUCAAAUUACAAACGCAUUGACAACUGCGUCCGGGGGUUUCAAGCCAGCAUUGCAAUGUGAAGGUUCGAAUUUGAACGCUAUCAGCUGGUACUUCAAUUUGAGAGGUUCUGUGAUUGACGGGGAGUUUGUACCUAUCUCAUCGCCAAUCUCGAGUACAUGUCCAUCAACUGGCCUCCAUUACCCGUUAAAGACCGGCGGCUCUGGCAGUCCAACGGACCCACCUGACCUGCCUCUUCAAUCUCACGUACAAGCAAUCAUGAAUAGCACCGGAACGGUUGUAGGAGGUUUGCUGAGCUUGGGAACGUGGUCCACUCAGACACUUGCGACCUAUACGUUAGCUGGGACGCAAUCUAGUUUCACUAUGAAGUCGUCGAAAGGUCCUUGCGGUGUUGACGCGGGAACAUUUAAAUGCGGAACCGACGUCGCAUCUACGCCCUUUUCCGCGGUAGCCUCUGGAGACCGCCUUCUUCUCGCAUCAGGCGGGAAUACCGUGUUCUCGAGCGAUGGUGUUCCGAGCGGACAGACUGUAUUCGCUGUAUUUACGGGUAGUGGGCAUAGUCAGACGUAUACGCUGUCGAUUGUCUCGGCGUAGGUGAAUCCGAAUUUAUUUGGCGGAGGCUGUAAGGUCGGACAAUACUACAUCCCAUGGAUAUCUCUAGAGAUAAACGUGCA